GGAGACCAUGUUGAAUUAGCGUUUUAUUUGGAGUGAAUUUAAUCUAACAGUAACAUAAGUAAUUGAUCUGCCGCAAACAUUUAUGAUAUAUAACAUCAAAGUGAGAGAAAGUGUAGGCAACUCAUCUGUGCUCAUGCAAUACACGAAUUGGUUGGAAUACACUACAGACUGAUCCACCAAGCCAACACUAGAAAAGGUGGCACUGGUUUGAGUUGCUGCAUACGAAAUGAGCUGAAUACACGCACACACACACACACACACACACACAGCUGCACACUUUGACAGAAGAGCUGAGAGAGGGAGGAGACUGACCUGGAGCAGAGGGGACAGACCGAAAGGAGCCCAAGGGGAACUUAAAGCUGAGUUGCUUUUGGACUACAGUUACCCUUGUUUGAUUUUCAACAUCAGGAAACUACUUUAACACGUGGAUGGACAUAUACAGAAAGAGUGGCAAACAAAUGUUGAACAAUAAGGACCAUAUUAUUUUGAUGAAAUAUUUGUACAAAGGACAUCGAUGUUGAGCAAUUCAAAUGGACUUGACGGAAAACAAGGAAAUACAAAUAUGUAAAUGUAACGUUUGAACAAAGAUUAUAUUACAGAUGCUAUUCCCCCGCUUCAAAUUGUCUUAGCAGUUCUAUUGCAGGAAUUAAACUCCUUGUUCACAUAUGUUCUAUAUUGUGUGCAGGUGCAGUAUAUUUAUGCAUUUGAAUGCAUAUAUCUCUUCAUUUGGGAGAGCUCUUGUAUAAAUACUAUUUUUUUUCAUACGGCAGUAAACUCUGUUGAAGGGGACCGAACUGCACGUACAUGUAUAUGUAAAAACUAUAAAUAGACUUCUGUUGUAAAAGCUUUGGACAAAAAAAACAAGAUAAUAUUUGUUAAUGCUUUAUUAGACUCAUCUACUUUUGAAGAGGCUUUUUUAAGGGGGCAAAAAAAAACAGGGGUAGAAAAUAUUAAUAUUUUGAGAAAAAAACAGGAAAGCGGAAAUGGCAGCUGCCAGAACAGAGAACCUUGGUCCUGUCGUCAUGGGACUGAACAAGCAGAACGGGCAGCUUAGGGGGCCGCCUAAACCGGCUUCUCCCCAAUCAGGACCCCUCGUCCUGGGCUCUCUGUCAGACGAGGCCACAGGUGCAUCCCAGAAAGCUGGUGCUGCCCAGGAGGGAACUGGGAUUAGGUUUGGAGAUGACUGGAAAAAGAGACUACAGCUCCCUCCCAAAGACACCAGGGUCAGAACCUCUGAUGUAACGUCCACUAAGGGAAAUGAGUUUGAGGACUACUGUCUGAAACGGGAGCUCCUGAUGGGCAUCUUUGAGAUGGGCUGGGAGAAGCCCUCCCCUAUCCAGGAGGAGAGCAUUCCCAUAGCCCUGUCAGGACGAGACAUCCUGGCCCGAGCCAAGAAUGGAACAGGGAAGAGUGGGGCCUACCUCAUCCCCAUGCUGGAGAGAAUAGACCUGAAGAAGGACUAUAUACAGGCCAUUGUGAUGGUGCCCACUCGUGAGCUGGCCCUGCAGGUUAGCCAGAUCAGUAUCCAGAUCAGUAAGCACCUGGGCGGCGUGAAGGUCAUGGCCACCACGGGCGGCACCAACCUGCGAGAUGACAUCAUGCGCCUGGACGAGACUGUGCAUGUGGUCAUAGCCACACCCGGCAGGAUCCUAGACUUGAUAAAGAAGGGCGUGGCCAAAGUGGAUAGAGUCCAAAUGAUGGUGAUGGAUGAGGCGGACAAGCUGCUGUCUCAGGACUUUGUAGUGCUCAUCGAGGAUAUCAUCAGCUUCCUGGCCAAGGGCCGUCAGAUCCUACUCUACUCUGCCACCUUCCCCAUCAGCGUGCAGAAGUUCAUGGCCAAGCACCUGCAGAAGCCCUAUGAGAUCAACCUGAUGGAGGAGCUGACUCUGAAGGGCAUCACCCAGUACUACGCCUACGUCACUGAGAGACAAAAAGUCCACUGUCUCAACACGCUCUUCUCGCGGCUGCAGAUCAAUCAGUCCAUUAUCUUCUGUAACUCCACCCAGAGAGUUGAGCUGCUGGCCAAGAAGAUCACCCAGCUGGGCUACUCCUGCUUCUACAUCCACGCCAAGAUGAUGCAGGAGUACAGAAACCGUGUGUUCCACGACUUCAGAAAUGGACUCUGCAGAAAUCUUGUCUGCACCGAUCUGUUCACCAGAGGUAUUGACAUCCAAGCCGUCAAUGUCGUCAUCAACUUCGACUUCCCCAAGAACGCCGAGACAUACCUGCAUCGCAUUGGAAGAUCAGGGAGGUUUGGUCACCUGGGCCUGGCCAUCAACCUGAUCACCUCUGAGGACCGCUUCAACCUGAAGUCCAUCGAGGACCAGCUAGUCACCGACAUCAAGCCCAUCCCUGGCAGCAUCGACAAGAACCUGUACGUGGCCGAGUUCCACACCGCCAACCUAGACUGCGAGGUGGAGGAGGAGCUGAAGGAGACAGGCUGCCAACAGGAGGAGCCCUAAGAACCCCUCGACUGGACAAUGGGACAUACCCGGCUUUUGCACAACAUUCAGCUGUUGCACACAGGCUUCAGGCACCUCUUCAACUUCUCUUUUCUCAACCUUCAAAACCUGGCACAUGGAUGUUAAGGUCGAGUUUACUUUUUGCUGAUUUGUAUGUUCUGUUCUUAUUCCCCCCCUUGUUAUUUCAUUAAGAGCUGCCUGCAUUUUUUUAUUUGAAUUGGUUUAACCAUGUUGUUUUGCACCAAAGGUAGCUUGCCCAAUGCACACUGAAUGAGAUCAAUCAGUCCUUUUUUUGGCUUAAGACAUGUAGGCUAAUGUUUUCUGGAUUGUAUCCUGGUAUUGCAAGGUAACAUAUCAGCUGAAAAACUUCAGAGAUAGGUGAGGAACAUUGUCUUAAAAAAAGUAAGAACCAUGCAAAAUAUUGAUCAAGUUGUACUGUUUCCAGCUGAAUAUGUCGUCCACUUUUAUGGCCAGCUUUGGAGGAGGACAGGUUUGUGUCAUCAAUGACAUGAGGCCUUAGCAACGACCACUAAGGGUAAAGAAAGCUUCAGAAUGUUGGAAAGCUCAUUCACUUACAUGCAUUUUUGAUUGGAAUUAAGAUACUAUAUUUGUAGGUUUUAAACUUAUUAGUAAAUUCACAAAUGGUUGGAUAAUAAAUCCUUUGCUACAGCACUACUAAUAUCCAACUUCGACUUGAAUAAUUUAUCUUCUGUACUACAUACACUGAGCGUACAAAACAUUAGGAACACCUUCCUAAUAUUGCGUUGCACCCCAUUUUGCCCUCAGAACAGCCUCAAUUCGUCGGGUUUCAAAAGCGUUCCACAGGUAUUCUGGCCCAUGUUGACUCCAAUGCUUCCCACAGUUGUGUCAAGUUGGCUGGUAGGUCCUUUGGAUGCUGGACCAUCCUUGAUACACACAGGAAACUGUUGAGUGAGACAAACCCAGCAGCGUUGCAGUUCUUCACACACUCAAACCGGUGCG